AUGAGUUAUCAAUACUAUUGAGCUUUUGUAAAAAAGUAUAAGAAUCAUCGCUUUUCUCUAUUCUUAUAUUAAAACGGUUAUCAUCAUGAUGUAUAGAUCAGUAUUAUUUCACAUAAUAUUGUACUGGUUCCUAAUUUCACAAGCCAAAAAUGAGGAGCACUGUGCAUCCGAUGGAUCUGACGACUGUCAUAUUUUCGAUUGGAGACCUUGGGGCAGUUGUAUUGGCAUUUGUGGACAUCAAAAGCAGAGCCGGGAACGCGUGUUCUGUUGUGCUGCUAAUGUAAUUCCCCACGAUAUUGAGCAUUGUCUGCAGCAUUGUCAUUUUCAUAAUAAUUUUGAACGACUUCAAAACAAAACUUGUCGUGUUUGUGAGAAUGGAGGCACGUUCUCCUCAAUUUCAUCCUCGUGCAUAUGCGGACCGCGUUACACCGGUGGUUGCUGUCAAGACACGGUGAAGUGCAGCGACAACCCAUGUAAACACGGCACGUGCUCUGACCAUCCUCCAUCCUUCGUGUGCACGUGUGAUCCUGGGUACAAAGGCAUAGACUGCAACACUCUGAUACAGUGUUCGUCUCAUCCUUGCCUGCAUGGAACCUGUACAGACACUGCGUCCGGAUUCAGUUGUUCGUGUGACGUAAAGCAUAAAGGUGAUAAAUGCGAUCAAGCAAUAACUUGUGCCUCCACUCCAUGUCAGCACGGAUCAUGCGCUGAUUCUCCCACGGGCUUCAUGUGUACCUGUGAUAGUUCCUACACAGGUAUCAGGUGUGACACAGGAUUUCAUGUGAAACCAUUAGAAACGACAGAGUCCCAGAAACUUCUUUUGCCUACUUGGUUUCCAUAUUUAGAAUAUGCAUUGUUGACCCUGGUAUCCCUAACUGGUGUUAUGGCGAUGGGUUGCGCCUGUCUGAAAUGUUGUCGAGCAGUAGGCGUCCUUAAAGGCAACGAUGACGAUGAUGAUGAAAAGCGAGAUGAGAGUGGCAUAAGAAGAUUCAAACAGGAUCCUGUAAUUCCAGUCAAUAUCCAAAAUCCGCGUCGCACUGGACUAGAUUUUUGAUUAUAUUAACAAACUGGAAAAACUGGUCUGCAUUGCUCUGACUGUGAUUUUUUCUUCAAAAAUGAAAUAAUGCUGUAAAAUGU